CAAGAAUAACAAGGCUUUGUUCAUAAAAUUGAAGUGAAGAUUAUGUGAUUUAAUUAUAUAUAAAUACUAUUUAAUGAUUAUUUAAUGUACCUAUAUAAGCAGUUAGACAGAUCUGUAGUGUUUGUUUAAUUAAAAAAAUAACAAGACUUUAAUCGUUUCAAUUAAAUCCGAAUUUAUGAUACCAAAUACCCGCUUCAUGUAAUAUAGUUCUAUUGGAAUUUAAGUAUGUAAAUGUUUUGAUUUUGUGUUUUCUAAUUUCAUUAUUGUUUUCGGCACUACCCAUUGUAUGUUAGUCCUUGUUAAACUAUCAAAAAUAUUUAUUUAGUUACAAGGUGUUUCAUUUGUAUGUGUAAUAGUGCAAUAUAAACAAAAAUGGAGGGCCUAAAUCAAAAUGAAAAAGUAAUAUGGUCGUGCUGGGAAGAAAAAUCACCUAGAGAUGUUGUUAGAGAAGCAGCGGCUAAAGGCACUCAUUUAACACUAGCUAUCAAAUAUUUGAUGGAAAAAAACAGUUGGAAUGAGGAAAGUGCCCGAGAUUGGUUUAUUGCAGAGGUGAAAGUAUGGACUGUCCAGUUGCUGUUAAGAAAACAAAUAUUUAAAGUUCUCCAUGUAUUAAGCAAAGUUAAAAUAAACCCAGAAGAACAUCUGAUGUCUCUUGCUGAAACUUCAAGUGCAAUAGAAUACAGGGAUUUUCUUGUGGAACAAUUAGAAAAGAUAUCAAAAGACAUGUUGAGUGAAAACAUUCCAAAAUGGUUAGAAUUCAAGCGACAUUGGAAUUUACUAAGAUAUUUAGAAAAGUCAUUUCAGAUUGAUGGCACUUAUAAACAGAAUAAAGUGUUUGGCACAGGGAAGGAUAGAAUAUUUGUAAAUGAGAGUGAAGUGAAAGCAUUAACAAUAGAAAACAUUGAGAAAUAUCCUGUUUCUUGGAAAACUAAAAUUGCAACUGCAUUGUUUUUUCAAUCAUUUGAAUUUUCUUUAUUGGAAUUUUCCUCGCCUGAAGAAAUGUGGAGUUAUCUUGUAGAAAAGAAUAAAGCAAUGAUUUUGAUCCGUUGGAUAAAUGUUCAGCUGUCGGAAGUGGUACGAGACAAGAAUGCUCGUUACAAUUUUUUCAACAACGAAAGCUUUGUCCAGAAGCUGCUCAAUGUUGACACUACUGGCUUCGACACUAAAGUCCUAGAAAGUUUGGAUGAAAUCUUUCGUCAUUGGUCGAUUACACACGAAAUGAUAGCCAGCGUGUCUGUAAGCAAAUGUUACGCUUACACUAAAAUGUGCAUUUAUGAUACACUUUGUUCUUAUGGUAUUGUAAAUGAUGACGAACGAGAUGAUUUGUAUCAAAUCAUUUCGAGACUUGCCCAUACUCAGAAUUUGAAAUUAGUAGAUGACAUUUUCACGGAAUCUUGUUCUACCAUAACUAAACAACAUUUUUAUGUACAGUUGGCAAAGUAUUGUGUGAAGAAUAAACUGUAUAAAGUAUUGACUAUGUGUGUGGAAGGCCACAUUUUAGACACGGACUUGUCCGGUGUGGAGCAGGAAGCAAAGGAUUGUAUAGAACUUUGGCUGCUAUUUAAAAGCAUUGAACAAACUUCCGAUCGACAAAGUCACGUCCUUCCCGUAUACAAGACAUGCGAGCAGAUAGCCAAAGAUAAUAUUCAUGAUUACAUUACAGCCAAUCCUCACCUAGUCCUAGGAAUGAUUUUGUUGGAGGAUUCUACAAAAUUGUUUGAUAUAUUUUCCAAAGAGGACUAUUUACACUUUACAGAUUUUGUUUUGCCAAAUAAAAUAUAUAAAGACAAACUUCCUCAUUUGCACAGCGUUUACAAAAAAUACUCAGAUUUGAAUCAAAUGUAUGAUUCAAAAGAUGUGAAUGUGUACCAGCUACUGUCCGGAUACAGAGGAUUGGACGUUUCAAAAAUAUUUGAAUUCCAAUUGAUUAACCAGACCACAAACAAUCUCUUUGCUGAUAAACCUGACAGGCGAAGCCUCGGUAGUCUGCUGUCCAAUGAUGUAGACGUCAAAGCAGCGUGUAUAAAAGCCUUAUCUCAAAAAGGAACAGAAAUGCCAGACUUUGCAAAUGAAAAGCUAAUGAAAAGAUUUGGCUACGUCGCUAAGUUGAAUCACCUGUAUUAUUUAAAACAGUAUCGGCCUUGUAACGCCAGUCAAGCCUUUGUGGCUCAGCAAUACCAGACAUACAACCGAUUGCAAGAUAAGAGCAUCAAAAGCGCUUGUUGUGAAGCGCACGCUCUGGCUUUACAGAAUUGGUCCGAUCCGGCCCUUACAGCUUGUGCGGUUUCGUUCGUAGCAAUGAUCGGGUGUAAUCCAACAAGAUGCAGGGUCCACGUAUCUGCUGCGAAUAUGAUAAAGAAUUACUUAGUAAGAAACGGAGUGUCCGAAGAGAAGGCCAAUAAAACGGUCAACGAGUACAUGACCAAACUCAUUCAAAGUAACGACGAUGUGGCCAAAGAUAUUUUGAAGCAUUUAGAGGAGAUAACACUUCGCAGUUUGAAAGUGAAGCAGGAAAAUGAGGGAAAGUUGGACAUGUCGUUUGUGUUGUACGAAUCACAAACAAUGGUGAAAUUCGCUAUGCUCCAUAAUUUACCACUUCCCGAGAUGCAGCUCAGGGAGUUCAUCAAAACAAAUUCGUGGUUCAAUUUCCUAUUGUUCGGAGACGUGCUCCGAUACCCUUUACAGCAGAUGCUGCAUUUAUCACAAGAAUUUGAAAAACGUUCGUAUGCCGAACACUUGAAGCAUAUUAUGCUGCACAAGAAUACCGAAACAGAUUGUUCCGAUAAGGAAUUAAAGUCUCCGACGAAUGGUCAGAGGCGGCUAUCUAGGUUGAAUUCGGUAGAAAUUAAUAUAAAACCGAGCGGCGGACUGGAAGGAACAUUCAAUGCGUAUUUGGGCCGGGAGCUGUGGGAGGUGGCGGCCGCGUGUCACGGCCCAGAGGACCCUCCGGCUGCGCUGGUAAAAGCUGCUGAUCUGUGUCGAGAGCCGCUCCUCGUACUAAUAGCCAGUUGUUACGAACCAAACGCCGUGGACGUUCUGUGGGCGCAAUGGGUAUUGUCUUCAAUGGGACCCACGAAACGCACAUCGAACGACAUGCAACAGAUAAUUGAUCAGCAGUGCUCAUCUGCUGAACAAUUCCAACGGGUGGCCGAACUUUGCUUGUACGAAGGUUACAUUACUACUCUGCACGAAUCUAUGAUCAUAUUUAUGCCGGACAGCCCACUUAAACUCCUCACCGGUUUUCUCUAUCGCUGCAUAAGAAAACAUCAUUUCGAUUUGGAGUCUAGUAAGCUUUUAACGAGCUUUAUUCUGCAUUGUCAACGAAAAUAUAGCGUGGAGUCCAACAGGUUGUCGUGGCAAAUGUCAAAAGAAUUCCUCCAGCGCGUUGCGGUCUCUUUAAUCAAGAUUGCGAUCAGCGAAAACUUUGACAGCGCCUACCAUCAAAGAGAGUUCUUGAGAUUGUUGGCUAAAGCGGAAUUCGGAAAAGACUUUUUAGUGCCGUCGCCGAAUUUCAUCACUCUCUUCGAAAUCCUUAAGAUAUCUAUGGAGACGUCGUUCGUCAUAAACAUCUCGAGGAUGUUCGAAGACGAUUUUAAACAGCAUCUUUCUGAGAGCAUCGACGUGUACACUUCGAAUCGUAAUUAUGACGUGGCACUUAAAAUAGCGAAACUGUCGGACUUAUCGAUCAACAAAAUAUUGAUCGCGGAAUGGACAGAUAAAUAUGAAGUGUUACUGCAAAAACAUGAUGGUAUCGAGGAAAAAGAUUUGACACUCUUUAUAGCGGAAUGCAGUGAAGCGUUUAAAAGGGCAGGCGUCACUUUCAAAGACGCAGUAGACUUCCUCCUGGACUACUCGGCGAAGAUAAAAGAUCCCGUUCAGAAAUUUUAUUCCCUAAAGAUCAUCAUGAAUUGGUUCGAAGAGAAUUUAGAGUACGGUCGUUUGCGCGAAGAAAUCGAACAUUCAAUGUGGAAUGCGUACUUUAAAACCGAACCGAACAGCAUAUUCUUGAACAAUUAUGCGAACACGUUACACUUCAUAGCGACCGGACAGAAAGAUAGAAACGUCUCGAACAACGUUGGGAGCUCGAACUCAGAGAGACCCUUCUCGAUGACGUUGAACGAGAUCGAAGUCGAAUCGGAUGUCGGUAAUAUCGAGAAAACGGUCCUACUCGAGGAGCCCGAAGCGAUUGACGGUUGGCGGAAGGUGAUCUUCCAGCUUUUGGAGCUCAGACUCAUCGUCGACGCAUUCCGUUUGUCUACGCUGUUCAAAACGCAGCCGGAGUUCAGGUACCGGCCGCCGCCGUGCCCCGUCCAAAUCCUGAGAUCCAGCCUGAAGCUGGCCGAAGGAACGUGCUCGCCUUACGAGCUACCCCAAGAAUUGAGAUUAGUGAUAUCGUCUCCGGUUUUGCAAAACAAACUGUCAAUUUCAGGCGUGUCCGACGCGAGUUUUGAAGAGCUGGUAGUCAUACAAGAGAAACAAAUGAAUGCUCCAGACAGCUCGCACCUCGCGGCUCGCGAAGAGGCCGACCGGCUGUCCGCGUUGGACGCCCUUGCCGUGCGAAGCGGCUUGUCUCUAGCCAAACAGGUGGCCAGCUACUUCCGGAUAGCUUUGCAAAUCGGCUGGGACUAUUCGUCGGUGUUGAAGUAUCAGAAUCGAGCCCUCGAUUUUAUAAAUUUCGUGAACGGCCGAGCGCGGCUGUCGUUGGCGAACCUCGUUUUUAGAACAUUCAACAUCCCCACUAAACAGGUAGCAGAAUACCUUUGCCGGGAGAUGGUAGCAGCGAUCAUAUCGCCGCAUCUGGUCAAGACGUCAACCUUCAGACAAAAGGAGCACUUUCAAUACACACUAUGGGGCUACGCGAUCAACUCCGACAUCGAGAUGUUCCUAAACAUGAGGCCGGACGCUUGUAGCCAAAUAGGCAGGCUGAUACUCGAUCACCUAAUGGCCUUCCAGAAGAUAUACAAAGCGACGACCGUAUCGAGAGUUCCAGAGAACGCUCUAGACGAUAGUUGUCUUGACGUCGAGACUUUGAUAGAUGAAGAAUAUCAGCACGUUGAGGGAGAGGAAGCGGGUUCGGUAUUAACGGGCGAAGGUACCUUACUGUCUGCGGAAACUGAGUCCGUGUAUUCCGUGUCGACGGUCUACAGCGCUGGUAACAAGCUGACCCGCGACUCCCGGAGGAAUUUAUUCGAUGUUAUAACAAGGAAUAACGUGCACGUCCGAUACGAGGUCAAAUCGAACGUUAGGAAGAUAACGAAGGGUGCCAAAUUGUCAUCGAAACAGGUGAACAUAAUAGCGAUAGAGUUGCUGGUGAUGGCGCACGAGUGCUUCUCUUGCGCGUGCGACACGGAGGGCGUGGCGGUGACGGUGCGGUCGGCGCAGGCUCUGACGUCACGGCUGCUGGCGGCCCGCUCGUGGCGCCUCAUGGUGCGUCUGCUGACCGGCCUCGCGCGCUACACAGAGUGCGCUUAUAUAUUCCAGGCGCUAAGAGACAAUCACCAAUUCGAAUAUCUUCUCGGUCAAUUCGAUUAUAUGUUAGGGCAGCAACCCGAUAAAAUAGCGGAGUUCAAACAAGGCCUGCUCGAUUUCCUGAAGAACCAUUGUCCGGGCGAUACCGACACGUACAUAAUGGUCGCCCUACACUUCAACAUGUACGCCGAGGCGGCCGGCGUCAAGAAGAAACAGGCAUUGAACUUGAUUGAGGAUUUAGAAAAAAUGGCUUUGGAUGCCGCCAGGUUGGUAUCGAAGAAGCCCUUCCAACCGCCGACCUGGUUGUUGAUUCACGACAACACCUCGACGAGGCUGCUCCUCGAGACCGCGCUGAACCAUUGCACGGACGCGGCGGAGCUGUACCUCCAGGGCGGAUGUACUGGAUUCGCUGGCGAAAUGGCGGCUCUGGCGCAGCAGAUCGCCCUACAAAUAUCCUUACUAAACGCUUCUCCUACACGACUUAUAUUGAAUCGAACUACGGAAAAAACGUAUAGACUUGUCAGCGAAUAUCUGAGUUUCAUGGAGGGUUUAGUGCUGCUUUCGGGACGCAGCGGGGAGGCGUGGCGCGAACUCGCCUACAGACGCGCGCUCUGCAACGACCAGGCUUACCUCCGGGACAUGGUCACCUACAGGCCCGACGUGGCGCACGACAUGCUCAGCAGAUAUAAAACAGAGAGAAACAAGACUUCCGUAUCGCAGGCAGCUAUGACUGAACUCCGUAAUCUGUGUAGAUGAUAUAAAAUAAAUAUUUGAUUUAUCUCACUCACAAAAGUACUAUAUUCAACAACGUAUUAAAAAAAAAAUUGCAUAUUUAAUCUUAAGCUAUAAUAUUGCAUGCUUAUAAUAUAAUCGAAACAUUAUUAAUCAAAUAAGAUGGGACUGUUGCAAAUGGCGUGGGACAUGACAAGGACAAAGAAGAUAUUAUUAUAAUCGAAAUAAUGUAACAAUUUAUUAUUGUUGAUAUUAUAAAAAUAAUCGCCUGUGAUAUUUAUCGAGUGGACUGAUUAAUUGUAUUUUUUUCUGUAUCUAAAAUAAGAGAUCAAUAAACCAAGUAAUCGAA